AUGGCUCCUAGCUUGAGCAAGAAUGAGGUAGGAUUCUCAGAUGGGCUAGCUCAAGAUGGAAAGCCAUCGUCAAUCACCCUUGACGGCUCACAAUUUCUGGCCAAUGGCCAUCCAAUUCUCACCCAAGUCCCUACCAAUAUCACUGCCACACCAUUCCCCUUCAUUUCCAAAGCCUUGACCAAGAAUGUUCUCGGCUGCUUCCUCGGCUUCAAUGCCGAUGAGCCAAGGAGCCGACACGUGGUCCCUAUUGGCAAGCUAAGAGACAUAAGGUUCAUGAGCAUAUUUAGAUUUAAGGUGUGGUGGACUACUCAUUGGAUUGGAAAUAGUGGCAAAGAUGUAGAGAACGAGACACAGAUGAUGAUUCUUGAUAAAUCUAACUUUGGACGCCCUUACGUUUUGCUACUUCCACUCAUUGAGGGGGCCUUCAGGGCUUCGCUGCAGCAGGGCUUGGAUGAUAACUUGGAUAUCUGUGUGGAGAGUGGGUCCACUAAAGUCCAGAGCUCAAAAUACAGGAGCUGCUUGUAUAUGCACGUUGGGGACGACCCAUAUCGAUUGGUGAAGGACGCCAUGCAAGUCAUUAGGGUCCACUUAGGGACCUUUAAACUUGUCGAGGAAAAGUGUCCUCCAGAAAUAGUAGACAAAUUCGGAUGGUGCACUUGGGACGCGUUUUACUUGAAAGUACACCCAAAAGGUGUGUGGGAUGGGGUGAAAGGCCUCACGGAAGGUGGAUGCCCUCCAGGACUAGUCAUAAUAGACGAUGGGUGGCAAUCUAUAUGCCACGACGAUGACCCCAUCACAGAUCAAGAAGGCAUGAAUAGGACAUCUGCGGGCGAACAUAUGCCAUGUAGGCUAAUAAAAUUUGACGAAAAUCAUAAAUUUCGAAAUUACUCUUGUCCCAAAGUACCCUCUCAGAAGGGCAUGGGUGCGUUUGUGAGUGAUCUUAAGAACGAAUUCAAGAGUGUCAAACACGUCUACGUAUGGCAUGCUUUAUGUGGAUAUUGGGGCGGGGUUAGGCCGAAUGUCCCACAAAUGCCCGAGUCUAGGGUCAUACGGCCUAAGUUGUCACCGGGACUAGGGAUGACGAUGGAGGACUUGGCCGUGGACAAAAUUGUCAAUAAUGGGGUGGGCCUAGUCCCACCGGAGAAGGCGCAAGAAUUGUUUGAAGGGCUGCACUCGCACCUGAAAUCAGCUGGAAUUGAUGGCGUCAAGGUGGAUGUGAUACAUUUGCUGGAAAUGCUGUCCGAAGAUUAUGGAGGUAGAGUGGAGCUUGCAAGAGCAUACUAUAAGGCUUUGACAGCUUCGGUGAGGAAGCACUUCCAGGGAAAUGGGGUCAUAGCCAGCAUGGAACAUUGCAAUGAUUUCAUGUUUCUUGGAACCGAGGCUAUCGCUUUAGGCCGUGUUGGGGAUGACUUCUGGUGCAGUGAUCCAUCAGGAGAUCCGAAUGGUACGUUCUGGCUUCAAGGGUGUCACAUGGUGCACUGCGCCUACAACAGCUUAUGGAUGGCCAACUUCAUUCAUCCGGACUGGGACAUGUUCCAGUCCACACAUCCCUGCGCAGAAUUUCACGCAGCAUCCAGGGCUAUUUCCGGGGGUCCGAUAUACGUUAGCGACUCUGUCGGAAAACACGACUUCGAGCUGCUCAAACGCUUGGUUUUGCCGGAUGGGACCGUCCUCCGGUGCCAACAUUACGCGCUUCCGACAAGGGUUUGCCUGUUUGAAGAUCCAUUCCAUGAUGGGAAGACCAUGCUCAAGAUUUGGAACCUCAACAAGUUGACAGGUGUUAUAGGAGCAUUCAACUGUCAAGGAGGGGGCUGGUGCCCUAAUGCAAGGAGGAACAAGAGUGCUCCUCAAUUCUCAGUCAAUGUGACCUGUUUGGUUAGCCCUAAUGACAUUGAGUGGACUAAUAAUGCCAAAAACCUCAAAAUCCCCUUGAAAGGAAUCCAUCAUUUUGCUGUUUACAAGUACAAACAAAGGAAGCUAAGCCUCUUGAAGGCCUCAGAAACCCUAGAAAUCUCCCUACCUCCGUUCGAGUACGAGCUCUUCACCGUCUCCCCCGUGAACGUGCUAACUAGAAAAACGGUGCAAUUUGCACCGAUCGGACUAGUGAACAUGCUCAACUCAGGGGGUGCUAUUGAGUCGCUUGAGUAUGAUAGCAACGGAAGUUUGGUAAGAGUUGGGGUGAGGGGAGCGGGAGAGAUGAGGAUUUUUGCAUCGAGGGAACCAUUAUCCUGCAGCAUUAAUGGUGUGAAUAUAGAGUUCAAUUACGAUGAAAAUAUGGUCGUCGUCCAAGUUCCAUGGCCUAAUUCAUCGAAAUCAUGUGUGGUUGAGUAUGCAUUCUAAGCUUCAUCA